GGUAUGGUGGGAAUACUAACUUUGCAUUUCUGGUGAUGACCAGAGUGUGGAGCUAGAAACUAACUCAAACCCCCAGUGUGACGUCAAAGGAGAAGGCAGAGCCAGUCUUUAAAACUGUGAAAAGCAGCACACUUUAACCUGCUCAAACUUCUUGGAAAGGUGAACCAAACUACAGAGCAGCAGCAGUUUAUCCCAUUUUGUGGCCACUCCACUUCUCUACUGACUGAAAAUGGAGGAGUUGAGAAUAGUUCUGCUGGGGAAGACAGGUGCAGGAAAGAGUUCAGCAGGAAAACUAUUUUACACAGCAGCCAGUUUACAGAGGGUGACCCAGACUUGCUCAAAGAGCACCAGCACUGUAGAUGGACACAAAAUAAUUGUUGUGGACACUCCUGGAUGGACUGAUCUCAGUCUGAAGGAGGAUAAAACCAUAAUGGAGAUUGCCAAAGGCACUGAUCUUACAGAUCCUGGACCCCAUGUGUUCCUCUUGGUGCUUCCCAUCAGACGCUUAACCACAAAAGAAAUCAACACAGCUCAGCAGAUCCUGGAGGUCUUUGGGGAAGAAGCCAGCAAGUACACAAUGGUGCUCUUCACCAGAGGAGAUGAUCUGAAGGAAAAGACAUUUGAAGAGAACUUGGAAGAUACCCAUCCAGACCUGAAGAAGAUCCUAGAUCUUUGUGAAGGAAGAUACCAUGUGUUCAACAACAAAGACAAGGACAAUCACAAGCAAGUCUCUGAUUUACUGGAGAAGAUCAAACUCAUGGUGGAAAGAAAUGAAGGCAAAUACUACACAAAAGAUAUGUAUCAGAAGAUGCCAGAUAAACUGGAAGAAAAACAUAAAACUGAUGUGAAUGAGGGAAGAGUAAAGUCUUACUUACAAGAAGAUGGAGAGCAGGAGCAUAGUACAGCAAUUCCGAAUGAUCAAAACACAAAUGAAGAGGACAACUACAUGGUGCACAUUGCAAAAUUUCCUAGUGAAAAAUCUAAUUUUGGAAAAUUCCAUGGGGAAAAGUCCUGUGAUGAAAAGUCCUCAUGCCGCCGAGAAAGUCAAAAUAAAGAGUUGCACAGCAUGGAGCUCAAGUGGCAAAAGAAAGAAGCUGAGCUUCAGAAAACCAUUGAGAGGAAGGAGAUGACAUGGUUAAAAGAAAAAAAUGGAUUGGAAAAAGAAAUACAGCAGUUGGGAAUGAAAUUAAGAGAAAAGAAAGCAGAGCUUGAAAAGGUAAAGCAAGAACUUCAGGUGCAGCAGAUCAAAGCAGGAACUUUAGAACAGCAAAAGAAGGAGAAUGAGCGAUUUAGACGGGAAAAUGAUGAAAACAAGAAGAAAAUGAAGCAGAGAAGUGCUGCACUUCAGAGACACUGUGAUGAGUUUGAAAGAAUGGUCAAUAUGAACAAACAGACAGAUGCAAAAACUCUUCAGAAGUUUUUAUCCCAGUUAAAAAAAGAUGUUUUGCAUUCAAAAUGAGUCACAGAGGCUUCAAAUAGAUGCUCUCACACAGUUAAGAAUAGACAAUAUUAAUUGAUGAUGAUACACGUAUUUAGCUUUAGUUUGUUUAGUUUAUUUUUCAAAGACCAUGUACAAAUAACAUGACUUUCCAAUAAUAAAAAAAAAACUCAAAACACGUUACAUUUUACCUGCUCAUUUUUUUUGUUUCUUCAGAAAUCAAGGGCAAUACUUCCCUACAGGUGUGUUCAUUAAGGAUGUCCACAAAUAUGUGGGAAUAUAGUGUACAAUACAAAAUUACAGAAAUCCACAAUUUCAAUGUAUUACCCACUCUCAACCAAGACAAAUACAUGAAAUACAAACAGAACGUUUAUUUUUGCCAUUCUUGAGAAAAUCAAAGUUUAAAAACUUGGUGUUGCUAGGUUGUUGCUAAAUAGUUGCAAAUGUUAAUUCAGUUUUUUACACUUUUAUUUUUUACGGGUUGUGCGAACAUGAUGUUUUUCUACUUUUUUAAAUACAUUUUUGUGUAAACACAAAUUUAUAAGUACUGCAUUCCUUUGUUUAAAACUUUUGUGAAAAAACAGA